GUACUUUUUUACUUGUUCGUAAAAUCGUUAAUGUCGAGUCACGUCAUCCUAAAGCAUAUUUGCGUUAGAUUUAUAAAUACACGAUAAUUAAUAUAUUUUGUGUUAAAAUAAGUGUUCUAAUAACAAGAAAACUUAAUUCAACUCACCAAAAUGUUGUAUCUUGAGGAUUAUUUGGAAAUGAUUGAGCAUUUGCCUCAGGAGCUAAGGGACAGAUUCACGGAAAUGCGAGAAAUGGAUUUAUCAGUUCAGAAUAACAUGGAUACGCUGGAGAAACGUGUGCGGACACUGUUUGGUGGAUGCCGCAGAGGAGAGGUGAACACUGAUCAGGCUAACACUGAGUUUGCCGACAUCAAGAAAGGAUACACCAAAACAUUGGAGGAGGCUGAUGAGAAGGUCACGUUAGCAAAUCAGAUGUACGACUUGGUUGACAGAUAUCUCCGGAGGCUAGAUACAGAACUGCACAAAUUCAAGUGCGAGCUGGAAGCAGACAACAAGGGCAUAACAGAGUUGUUGGAGAAGCGCUCACUGGAUCUGGACACCAAUACUAACCACACCAGCACAUCAAACAAUAACCACUACAAGGACAGCAGAUACCGCAUUCGAGCUGAAAAGAGACGCGACAGUUGGGCUACCCGCGAGUCGCGCGCCCACGCCAGCAACGGCAACAUGUCCAGAACUGAUUCUGCUUUGCAGGCUGCGCUCGGACGUGAUUCUUACUCGCUGGGGCACGCGGGCAGCGCCAUCGCCGCUGCCGCCAGCCAGGCCAUUGCCGCCACGCAGCAGAUGCAGCAGGGGCGGCGCACCGCGUCGCUGAAGGCGUCGUACGAGGCGGUGGCGGGAGAGCUGGCGCACGCUCACCACACGCACCACGACCACGGCCAGGGCAUGUCGUCCACACACGUGGUGCAGAGCGCCGUUCACUCACAUUCCACAUCCACUGCCUCUACUAACAAACGCCAUAAGCAAAAAAAGAGCACGUACGGCAGUUCGAGCAGUGUGGGCGCCUUGCACUCGCAGCAGUCGGUGUCCGCCGCCGCCAGCCGCUCCUCCUCGCCCACUGUUGGUUUGGGCGCGGUAGUGAACAAGGUGACCAUAGAGGAGCCCAUGGAGGAGGAGUGGACCUACGACCCCAACGAGCCGCGCUACUGCAUCUGUAACCAGGUGUCCUACGGGGACAUGGUCGCCUGCGACAACCAGGAUUGUCCAUACGAGUGGUUCCAUUAUCCGUGCGUGGGCAUCACGGCGCCGCCCAAGGGCAAGUGGUACUGCCCGCAGUGUCAGACCAACAUGCGCCGCAACCGCGCGCACCGCAAGAACUGAACCACCACCACCACCACCACAUACCGUCAAUCUUGUCCGGGAUCUCUAUUUGGCUUUGGAUGUAGUGGUGACAUAACAAAUCAAGCUUUUUAUCUGAUUGUGUAAGUGCCGUAGGAUGGAAUUAUGGCUAGAUUCGUAUCUUAUGUCUGAAUAUUUAGAUUCAACUCAUUUAUUGAUUUGUUUGCUCAAUUUUGCCUUUUAUGUUGGCAAAAUCUUUGUGUAAUUGCCCUAAGCCCCUUGAGGCCUCAGCGGCGGCCCAGAGGUUUUGGGCGAGCCUAGUUGAGAGUCUCAUGGGAGCCAUACUGUAGUUGUUUAGUUUAUUUUGCCUUUCUAUUAAGACAUGUUGAAUUUACCAUAAAAUAGUUAAGACAAGUCAAUAAAGUAGGGUGUAAGGUUGCCCAAAGUCGCCAUUCCAUGAAGUAUCAUACUUUAUUACUUCCUUAGGGGGUACGACUUAGGUAAACCACACUGAUUUACUUACAAUAUUAUUUUGUACUAUAAUGUACAUUGUACGUAUGGUGUGAUUAAAAUCGUGUUGUUAAUAUGUUGUGUGUCACAAUAGCGAGUAACUGAAUAUGCUAUCCUUGUUUAUUGUAUUAAAAUGUAAUAAUGUCUAUUUGAUUCUGAGGUACAUUGUAUAUAGAGGGAUUUGAAUUGUUUUGUAUGUGUGGUCUGACCAGCCGCCAUUUUGUUUUUUUUUUCAUAAAUGCUGUUGCAUGUUGUGACCUUAUAUCGAUAGAGGAUAGACUACAUGAUCAUAAAAUAAAUUCACUUUGAGCUUACACUUCCAGAGUUACAUUUAUCAAAAGGUGUUAGGCCAAUAGUCCACCACGCUGCGUUUUUACUAAUCUUGAGACUUAUUUAAUAUAAAAUAGUUAUUUAAAUGUAAUGAAAUAUACCUCAGUCAUUAGUCAAAGUUACACCAUUUAUAACUGCAUCUUUCCUGAACAGCUAAAUGGAUAUAAUUAUUAUAGGACUCAAAAGAUGAUUACAAAUAUAAGAAAACUAAUGUCGAACAAAGGUUAUGAUUCACAACACUUGUCAGGACAACUUAAUUAACAAAUCAAACUGUAACCGAAAUAAGACCCUCAGAAUGGCAGAGAAUGACCUUGAGUGGAGUAACGUACUUGUGAACGAUGUGUGUAGGGUUAAAGGUACCUUUGACUGUAUACAAACACUCCCCUUUUCCACUCAAGUCACUCUCCCCGCCUAUCCUAAGUAACCGAUUAAGAAUUAUACAACAAGAGAUGUGGUCGGCUCGAACGCCACGAGCACACUGAAGCCAAUACGAGAUCGAGCGACGUCAUAUCCGUCACAGACUACUAUUUCCAACACUAAACGGCGAUAACAUUCGGCCAUCCUGGUGGCGCAUCCGUCCCUGGAUCGCGUCCGUCCCUGAUGCAGUUGCGUUUACACUGACAACUUGAGCGUGUACAAACCUCUAUUGAAGGUCGUGUAUGACUCAUUUUUAAUCGAAUGAGUGUGUAUGGGCCUUGUGUAUCUAGGGUUAUGUAUAGCUCAAGUCACCAUUGUAUCUAAGAUCGUGUAUGACUCAUAUUUAUCGAAAAAUGGCAGUAGGGUUACUUAAUCUGGUAACCAAAAUUCACAAAUUUCAAACAGUUAUAAGUUGCAAUUAUUAACACGAAAUCUAUACGGCAAUAUUUCGCGUCUUGUCAUAAUAUUAAAACGCAAAAUUUUAUCGAAAACACCGUGAAACACAAUUUCUGUCCAUACCGUCAAUACUACAUUUAUACCGUCAAUACUUAAAACUUCAAUUCACGAUUCACACACUAUUAACUUUCGAAUUUAACAAUACCGUAAUGUAAAAAUCGGUGUACUAAUUACUCAAUUAUUUUGUUACCCUCUUUUAUGAAAAAUGUUCUCUCAUACUAGAUUUAACAAAGAAAUGUAAUACGAUUUGAUUUAGGGUAGUUUAAAACUUCGUCGUUAUCUUUGUUUAUUUUGUGGGCACAAGUUCUUUAUCGCACUUCUGAUAUUAUAGGACUCAAAAGAUGAUUACAAAUAUAAGAAAACUAAUGUCGAACAAAGGUUAUGAUUCACAACACUUGUCAGGACAACUUAAUUAACAAAUCAAACUGUAACCGAAAUAAGACCCUCAGAAUGGCAGAGAAUGACCUUGAGUGGAGUAACGUACUUGUGAACGAUGUGUGUAGGGUUAAAGGUACCUUUGACUGUAUACAAACACUCCCCUUUUCCACUCAAGUCACUCUCCCCGCCUAUCCUAAGUAACCGACUAAGAAUUAUACAACAAGAGAUGUGGUCGGCUCGAACGCCACGAGCACACUGAAGCCAAUACGAGAUCGAGCGACGUCAUAUCCGUCACAGACUACUAUUUCCAACACUAAACGGCGAUAACAUAAUAUAUCAAAUUAUUAUAAUAGGUAGCCUAAAAUAGCAUACAUGCUAAUUUUAUCCCGAUGUUUUCACGUUAACGGGAUCUUAACCGCACGGUACAGGUAGUGUGAUAAAAUAUUAUAAAUUAGUGCAAAAAUUUGUGUUUUAGCUGGGUAAUGAAAACUUUUUUCCGGAAGGCACCUGAAUUAUUGCGAUUGUGGAUUAUACUAAUUUUGAUUUAACACCUAAGGGGCCCCUGUAGUCCGAGGCUACCCCAUGCUUCAGAACUAAGAACUCACGGCCUCUUGGAACGUUGUGCCAAGAGUACGUAGUAUCUUGUCAGUCCUGUCACACCCUCAUUGGCGUAUCUAGGAUUAUUUCCUGGGGUUGACCUAGCCCCCGACAUGAAAAUACUCGAGAUUCUUUAUAUACCUACCUACUAUGUAAUUGUUAUUAAUUUGAUAUUUAAAACGAUUUUUGUGUACUAUCAGUAUUUUGGGAGUCCUUCAUAGAAUUUAAAAUUCGUUGCCUAGAAUCCUAAGGUGGGCACCGGACCAAUCUAGGGUAGGCACGCCCCACCCGGCCUCACCCCUAUAUACGCCCAUGCACACCCUAUAGGUUACCAUGCCACUGCAUUUAUAAGAGAAGUCACACCGUGCGGCGUACAUUUGAAAGAAAGAAAGAAAGAAGAAAGAAAGAUCUUUAUUUUUAAGUAAUGCCACAUAUCACAUUAAAUCUAAAUUAUAACAUUAUGGCUUCACGUCCACUCAAACAGUGGAGCACUAAAGAAUGCCCUGUAAUAUGUGGCACAACCUAGAAAAAGGCCCCAACUCAGCAUUUUGCCGCAUACUUUCAAUAAAAAAGUAUGCAGCACUGAUUUUCAGUUAGGACCCAGUUCAGGUGCCGCCACGCACACAGUUCAACAGUUUACGUAAACUAUUAAAUACAAUUAUUAAGAACUAAUUAAAACUAACUAGGUAGACACAUUGAUUUAAAAAAAAAAAAACAGAAAACUUAAACAUAACGAUGAAAAACAAAAUUAAUGAUACAAAUAAAAAUUACCUGCAAUAUAAUUAUGUAUACUUUUUUUUUUUUGUUAAUAACUCUUUUUACUAAUUUAUAGAUAACUAAAUACUUGUUAUUAAAUAUAUAUUACAUAUACAUUUGUAGUUAUGCGGCAAAAUGUUUCCGGUGCGGCGCCGCACCGCAGCGUAUGGCUUCAUUCUAUCGAUGUGGAAUUCGCAUAGGAUUUCUACUGCUACCUAAAUUAGGUCUUUAUAGGCUAACAAAAUAACUGCAAGUUUUAUGUUAUUGGUUAAUACUUACAAAAAAAAAAAAUAUUUUCAAUUGUCAAAAUGGUUGAACUAGACUAGUUGUGCUUAGUCUUUAACUUUUUAUUACCUUGUGUAAAAUCAUGUCUCGUUUGUGUGCGUAUCGUAACAUGUGCAUACUUACCUACUUUUCAAAAUAAAAUCGUAUAAAAAG